UCAACGGCCUCCACUUUCAGACCUUCGGCGCCUGACAAAGCAGGUCCGUCUAUUUGUCCUCGGAGACCCGGAAGGCUGCCAAAGACCAGGCUCCGAGAUUCAAGAUUCGCAGAUUCGCAGACCCUGUCCUGGAGCAGCCUAGGGGAGCCUGAGCAUCAAGAGAUGAGCUUCCUAGAGCAAGGAGACAGUUCCUCAUGGCCUUCACUAGCCACAACCACCAGUUCAGAGAUAAUCCAUGGGAAACGGGGGGCCAAGGCAUCGAGAUGGACAAGGCAGGAGGCUGUGGAGGAAGGAGAGUCAUCAGGUCUGGAGGAAGGUCCCCUGUCCAGGCCAGCUGCUGAGUCCACCAGGCUGGAAGCCACAUUCCCAGAGGCCACACCCUUGGCCAAAGCUGCUCCCUUGGCCAGGGUGGGCACCCCGCCCACAGGGUGGGACCUCUCCCCCCUUCACUCUGCAGCCUCAGCUGCCGGCUCCAGCACAGAUGAUCUGGAGCUGGCCAUAGAGUUCCCAGUCACAGAAGCCUGGGGCUUCGAACUUGAAGGCCCCAGGGAAGAAAGGCCUGCCCCGUGCCCAUCUCCACAGGCCCCGUUACUCAGCCUGGGUUGGGAGGAUGAGCUGCGGAAGCCAGGGGCCCAGGUCUACAUGCACUUCAUGCAGGAACACACCUGCUAUGAUGCCAUGGCAACCAGCUCCAAGCUGGUCAUCUUUGACACCACGCUGGAGAUCAAGAAGGCCUUCUUUGCCCUGGUGGCCAAUGGUGUGCGGGCAGCACCUCUAUGGGACAGCAAGAAGCAGAGCUUUGUGGGGAUGCUCACCAUCACGGACUUCAUCCUGGUUCUGCACAGAUACUACAGGUCCCCCCUGGUCCAGAUCUAUGAGAUCGAAGAACAUAAAAUCGAGACCUGGAGGGAGAUCUACCUUCAAGGCUGCUUCAAGCCUCUGGUCUCCAUCUCUCCCAAUGACAGCCUGUUCGAAGCCGUCUAUGUCCUCAUUAAGAACCGGAUCCAUCGUCUGCCGGUCCUGGACCCGGUCUCUGGCACAGUGCUCUACAUCCUCACACACAAGCGGCUGCUCAAAUUCCUGCACAUUUUCGGUGCCCUGCUGCCCCGGCCCUCCUUCCUCUACCGUACUAUCCAAGAUUUGGGUAUUGGCACAUUCCGGGAUUUGGCUGUGGUGCUAGAAACUGCACCUGUCCUUACAGCACUGGACAUCUUUGUGGACCGGCGUGUGUCUGCCCUGCCUGUGGUCAAUGAAUCUGGUCAGGUCGUGGGACUCUACUCCCGCUUUGAUGUGAUCCAUCUGGCUGCCCAGCAAACCUACAACCACCUAGACAUGAGUGUGGGAGAGGCCCUGCGCCAGAGGACGCUGUGUCUGGAGGGAGUCCUUUCCUGCCAGCCCCAUGAGAGCCUGGGAGAAGUCAUUGACAGGAUUGCUCGUGAACAGGUACACCGGCUGGUGCUAGUAGACGAGACCCAGCAUCUCCUGGGCGUGGUCUCCCUCUCCGACAUCCUUCAGGCGCUGGUGCUCAGCCCUGCUGGCAUUGACGCCCUCGGUGCCUGAGAAGACCGGAGUCCACACUCCCAUACCCCUCGCCUUCCACACCCUGAAGACAAUGAAGGGAGCCGGGGGACUCAGACUUCAUCUUCCCUCACCUGUUUGCCAGUUCAGCUCUGGUCCAGGCUUCUCCAGCCUCCCUGAUUUUCCUUGCCCUGUCUAUACUCCCAAAAGUUCUUGGGCAUGCCCAGUCACUGUUGUAUGAUGACAUUAAGGAGAACAACUGAGUCAAGUCUGGAAGUCCCUGAAGCAGAGGCACUGGAACUACCCCAGGGCCAUCUGUGCCCCAUAUGCACUCAUAUGCCUUUCCCCCACCUGGAUCCCAGCUGGUCAGAGCCUGUGGGCUUAUUGAGGACUCUGGACUCCUUGGCUUCUGGACUGUUUGGCUCGUGCCCCAAGCUCCUGGGAGUCCCAGUCAUUCUUUCCCUGUGGGUACCACUUUAGUGGCUCCCCACAACUUUGCCACUGCCCUCCUGGCAUUGUCAUUUUAGGGCUGCUAGGGUCACAAUGGAACAAUAGUUAAUUGUAGAAUUGUCUGUUGGCAUGAGGUCCUCUCUCCAUGGUAGUCCAGAAAACUACUUAUCUCUCACCAGUGACAGAUGGCCUUGUAUUUGGAACCCUGAGAAUAAGCAAUCAGACAAAUGCAAAAAGAACAAGCCAUGAACUUGUAUUUUAUAGAUUCCACUCAAAAUGCUAGUUGUUUAACCUGAACUUAUGACUUUCUGAAUGUAAAAACUUGAAGGAAAAGCCUGCAAUUGACAAAAGCAACAAAUGGCAUUUCUUUGGUGCAUAGAAUGUUAUUCCACUGACUUUUUAAAAAUCUUUUCUUUAAAGUGACAAUCAUAAAAUAUUUAUUAAUUAUUUACGUGGUAGGUAAAACCCAGUCUACAAACUCUAACCUGCAAGAAACACCUAUUUUUCUGACACUGAAUGCAGUUUCUAUUAUGAACCCCAUACCAGGUGGUGGAAAUUAAUCUCAGUCAAUUUGGGAUCUUUUCCCCAUGUUUUCCUGGGACUAAGCUUUGGGGGCUUUAAGUAGUGUAAGGAUGUGUUCCUCAGUCCAGCAUCCACCAUGCCAACACCUGCUAAAACAUCCCCGUUCCCAUCUGGUUGGUGGUUGGUCGGCCAUUGAUGUGCAUGGUCACUCCCACGUGCUCCCUCACUCCCAGAACCUCUUAGGGCCUGCCUGUGCUUAGGGCAAGCAGGACAUUUUAGCUCCUGGCCCUGCAUCCCUCUGGGCUUUGGAAGUCCUUUGAGGCUGUUCCAGGCCCAUGUACUGACAUACUGAGAUGUACAGUCAGUAGCCUGUUCUAUCCUGCAUCUUACCAUUUUUCUACUGUCUACUGGGAACACAGGGCCCAGGGCUCUUCUACUCCUAAACUCUCCAGACCUGUAUGGGGUGUUUGUCAUACAUACCCCUUCCCCUUCAGACUUUCCCUCUUUUCUUAGGGACCCUAUAAAAGUCCACAGUCUCUUCUUCUCCAGCCCAUCCCCACCUAUGGAAUCUUUAACCAAUGGGGAGAGAGGAAGCCUUCAUUCUCUAACCCAUCAUAUAUGCCACCAAAUCCAUUGUCUGUGUCCUGAGUUCUUGCCACCCACUUGAGGAUCAACCCUUUGAAACUCCAAAGCCAAGACUAGGCUUCUCCUCUGUCACCCUCCCCUGGGGAAUAGGUACUGAAGUUCCAGUUGUCUCAUGCAGGAAGGGUAGGUUAAUAUUUCUGAAAUGUGAUCUUGCCCCCAUUACCUCCCUGAGUUGCAGAGUGGAGACAUUUGUGCUUGAUCUGUCAGGCAGUAAAUGAAGUUAUUUUCUCACCAAUCACUUUGCCAGAUACCAAGAGUCAGUGCUGACUCUGCUCUGUCUCUACCCAGGAAGGUGUGAAGUCUUAGGCUCAAGUGGGAGGAUGGGAUGGGGGUGAUAGUUGGGUCUGGGCCAAAGGAAGAUCUCUCAAGUGACAAUGUCCUUCAGGAGCUUGGGGUGGGCUGCCUCCAGCAAGUGCUGGCUGGAGAGUGUAAUAAGUUGGUCCCUUGUCGAUGUGCCUUUGAAUGGCUAUGCCUGAGACAGAACUUCAGGGGUGAUAGCAAGGCUGAGGAAGUCAUCAGCUUCCCUUUGGCUCCCCUCACACCUUCCUGAGAACAUAUACAUCUCUACCUGUCUGGGCUCACCAUCCUGGGGACCUGGCAGAACUCCUCCUUGGGCCCCUCUGUGAGGGACCAUCCCUCUUCACUGUCUCAGAUCCCUCCUCUGACCAAGCUUGACCCUCAACUCCUGGCCUGCCGUUACAGCCAUCAUGGCUACCAGAAAAAGAGGUGUAGAAUUUCCAUGGGGGCUGCAACUACUUCCGCCCUAGCUCAGAAUAACCCUGCCCUAAGGUGCAGCCUGCCUGCUGUCCCACCAUUCCUGAGCGGGGGCCCGGCUGCUUUAACAGGCAUUGUUGCCCCCAGCUUCUCCUCAGGCCUCCAGGUCCUCUCUGAGUUUCCAUGUCCUUGGGAACGGGCUCUCCAGGCCUUCUUUGCUUUCCCCAUCUCUUCUCUCAGCCCUCUCAAUUGUUCUCAGCCCUGGAUGUGCUUCAGGAUUGCCAAGGAAGCUUUGUAAAAUUCAGAGCCCAGGGACUCAUUUGUCAAGAUACCCAUUUCCAGAUUUUGGACUGUAACCUGGGCAUCUAUGUUUAUUUCCUAUAAAAACAAGAAACUUAUGAUUACUAACACAUGAUGAGCAUGAGACUGUGCUGAGAAAGCAGGAUGGAUGCCACAUUGUCAUAGUAAAGUCAUUUGUCACAUGAUUGGGUCUAAAAGUCUACAAGCACUGGCUAAGAAUGGAAGCAUGCUAUUAAGGACAUGUAAUUUAUUAGCAUCCUCACAGAUCGUCUCCCCAACAUCCUUAAGUGCAGCAGUAUUCAGUAUAAUGUUAUUUAUGUCUGUCCCAAGAUGGACACAAACUGUCAAAGUUUUUGCUUGACAGACAUAUUAAAACUGGAAUCAUAAAAAACCAACCUGGAAAUAAACUCCUGUUAUCAAACCAAGAUGCUUUCAGAGCUAGACUGUCUACAGAACAUGAGCAUUCUAAUAAAGUAGACAUCCAGGUAAUGCUGGUGCCCUGUCUAUUUUUAUUCACAAGCGUGUUGCCUAGAUAUAUAAGACAAGCUGUUUUCUUAAAAAUCUUACUCAAAAUAUUGACCUAAAUUUGACCAACCAAUUCCAAUUAGCUGGACUGAGAGUGACAAGAAGUGUGUUCUUUUCAGUUAAAGAUAUAUCUGCAAUUAUCCUACACCUGCUAAUAUUUUUUCCUUAUAGAGGCAGAUAGGGUGGGUCCUCAGGAAGCCUCACUGUGACAUCCCUUAGCUGUGACUCUGGGGGAUCCCAAGAUUCCCAGACUCUGGAAGGGAGUGCCAUCACUGGCCAUUGAUGGGCUCUGUGCCAACCCUCUAACAGGGUUGCCACUGUGCACCCUGCACAGAGAAAACUUCAAGGGCAGGAACCCACCUAUGACAUCACAGCCAUCCUGUUGCUCUUACGUGUGCUGGAACAAAUCACUGUCAAAUAAAGUGAUGUUUUCAUCACUACAUUACAGUGGUCUUGUCCGGACAUUGUGAUGGAAUGCACUUAGACAGAGGUCAUUUUC